AUGGAGAUGGAGGAAGCCACAGGUGGUGGCAACAACAGUGACAGUAGGAUUCAAUGGUGGUGGGGUGUGGCCAGUGCUGCCCAAAUGGGUUUGGGUAUGCGUUCCUUGGCCAAAGGGUACGCAGGCGAUUCACGCUUCAUGCCUUUCAAAGCCUUCACCGUCGCAUCCCUCUUUGUCGGCAGCGCCGCAUCCGCCUCCGUCCUCCUCCUCCAAGCAAACGGCAUCAACGGGGUGGAAGAUGUCAUGGAAGCAGGUGCAAAUUUAAGAGCAAAACUUGGGUUACCUCCACGUACUCAGAAUAAGUCUUCUAUGAAAUAA